UGUCACGUUUGCCCCAAGCUCGUAAUCAAACAAGCGCGUUUGCCUUCCACGCCUUAUUCUGGGUCACUCACUCUUCCUUCAAGUCUUCAACUACUUCACUUCCUUCACUCACAUUCAAGAAAUGGCCGAACUUCUCUUCGCCACUGCCGAGCUAAUCAUUAAUACUUUGGGCUCACCGGCUGCCGAAUAGAUCGGACUGCUGUGGGGUGUCAAAGAUGAGAUUGAAAGCCUGACCAACACCAUUUCAACAAUCAAAGAUGUGCUUCUUGAUGCAGAGGAGAAACAGGCUGCCGGUGAUCGUGCUGUUAGACGCUGGCUCGGAAGGCUAGAAGAUGCCAUUUAUGAUGCGGAUGACUUGCUGGAUGCCGUUUCCACUGAAGCUCUACGGAGAGAAAUAAUGACCCAUGAUAAGAAGGCCAAACAGGUACGCAUUUUCUUUUCCAAAUCAAACCAGCUUGCCUAUCGUCUUAAAAUGACCCGUAAGAUUAAGGCCAUAAGAAAGAGGUUAGAUGCCAUCAACGCCGAUAGGCAGAAUUUCCAUUUGGAGGUACGCCAUGUGGAGACACGAGUCGUGAACAGGGACAGGGAUCAAACUCAUUCUUUGGUACGCCAGGAAGUGGUUAUUGGGCGAGAGAAUGAUAAGAAGGCUGUUAUUGACUGUCUGAUGGACUCCAACGUUGAAGAGAAUGUUUCAAUCCUUCCAAUUGUUGGCAUCGGUGGGUUGGGAAAGACUACACUUGCUCAACUCGUUUUCAAUGAUAAGCAAAUCCAAAAACAUUUUGACCUCAAAAUGUGGGUGUGUGUUUCUGACAUCUUCGAUGUGAAAACUAUUGUUGCAAAAAUCUUAGAAUCUGCAACAAACAAGGAACAACCGACUGUUGAAAUGAAUACACUGGUGAACUAUCUUCUAAAAGAAAUCGACGGAAAGAAAUACUUCCUCGUGUUGGAUGAUGUGUGGAAUGGCGAUCAUGGAAAAUGGUGUCGCUUAAAAGAAGUGCUGAUGGGUGGUGCAAGAGGCAGUAGAAUAUUGGUGACUACCAGAAAUGAAGUCGUUGCAAGGACCAUUCGACAGGAAAGCGUUGCAAAGAUUAUUGGGACAGUUGAAUCAUAUUCCUUGAAGGGUUUAGCUGAAGACGCAUCAUGGUCUUUAUUUAAGCAGAAAGCGUUUGCGAAAGGACAAGAGCCGGAGAAUUCAAGCAUCGUCGCACUUGGGAAGGAGAUCGUAAAAAAGUGUCAAGGUGUCCCUCUGGCCAUAACGACAAUUGGAAGUUUACUAGGCUCCAAAAAUUCUGAAACUGAGUGGUUGUCUUUUAAGAACAAUGAACUCUCAAAAAUAUUUCAGAAUGAAAAUGACAUCAUACCAACGCUGAAGCUGAGUUAUGAUCAUCUUCCUUCACAUUUGAAGCACUGCUUUGCUUAUUGCAGUUUGUAUCCAAAGGAUUAUAAGAUUGAUACAUCAAAUCUAGUUAAGCUUUGGAUAGCACAAGGAUUUGUCAAGUCAUCUGACCGAUGCUUGGAAGAGGUUGGUAAUGAGUAUUUGAAGGGUUUAUUAUGGAGAUCAUUCUUUCAAGAAGCAGUAACGGAUGAGUUUGGUGACGUAAUUGGAUGCAAAAUGCAUGAUCUCAUGCAUGAUCUUGCCCUAUCAGUGGCAGGAUCGUUGAUCGCCACAUUAGAUGAUAAGAAGACAAACGUUGAUGAGAAAACUCGUCAUGUAUCAUUACUUGUUGGUUACGAUAGACAUAUUUCUUCAUUGUUUGAAGCAAGUAGGAUACGAACACUUCUUUACCUCAGUGACGAUAAGUAUGAGAUUGAUUGUGAUGAACUUUUUUCAAGUUUCAAGUUCUUGCGUAUGUUGGAUCUAUCAAAUAGAAAUCUUGAUUCUGUGCCAAGCUCUAUCAGGGAGUUGAAGCAUUUAAGGUAUCUUGAUCUUUCUAACAAUCAGAAAAUGAAGAAGUUACCUGAUUCUAUAACUAGGUUGCAUAAUUUACAAACACUAAUACUCUUUAGUUGUUAUUCGCUUGAAGAAUUGCCGAGAGACAUUAAAAAAUUGGUCAAUCUCAGGCAUCUUGAGAUAAAUGAUUGUCAUGCUUUGAUGUAUAUGCCACAUGGAUUGGGUCAAUUGAAUAAUCUUCAAACGUUAACAACAUUUGUGGUCCACUUGUGUUCUCACUCCAGGCAUUGCGGUGAUUUACAAGAACUGAACGGACUACAUAAGUUGAGAGGAUGGUUAGAGAUUAGAAAUCUAGGAUAUGGGAAAGGUGUUGCAUCAGAAUAUAAGGCUGCGAAUCUAAAGGAUAAACAACAUCUUCAUUCUUUGAGAUUAUGUUGGAGUACUAAAGGAGAUGUCAAUGAUUGGGAUGUUGUCGAGGAUGAAAUGUCAUCGGAAGGCUUCCGACCGCACCCAAAUCUGAAAGUUUUAGAGUUGUAUUGCUAUAUGGGUUUAAGGCUUCCGAGUUGGGUUUCGUCGCUCGCAAAUCUUAUUACAUUUAAAUUACGGAAGUGUAAGAAAUGCCAAUAUCUGCCACCAUUGAGUCGACUACCUUCUCUCAAGACUCUUUUUCUUGAAUAUAUGGAUGGUAUGCAGUACAUAUCAGAUAGCAAUGACUUCUCUUCUCCUUCAUCGGCCCUAGAACCAUUUUUCUCAUCCCUCGAGAAUAUCAGGCUCUAUAAUUGCCCUAAUCUCAAGGGGUGGUGGAGGAGGGAUUCUUCUAUGAAGCUCAAUAGUGAGAGUCAUAAUUCCGUUGAAAUAACGGAGGAUACUUCACUCACAUCCUUUCCUCGUCUCUCAGAAGUAAGGAUAUCUAAGUGCCCUAUGUUGACUUCCAUGCCAAUGUUUCCACAUCUUGAAGAAGACUUGGUUCUAGACAAUACUAGUUGGAAGCCGCUGCAACAUACAAUAAUGAUGAAUAUGGCAGUACUCCAAAGCCCAACAUCAAUAGCAACAAGCUCCUCUUCAUCCACUCCUCUCUCAAAAUUGAAGCGUUUGACACUACGUUCCAUUAUGGACCUAAUAACCAUUCCACUCCAACAUUUCACUUCCCUUCAAGUACUGUUUCUUGUGGAUUGUCCUAAGCUUGAGUUAGCCAAUGAUGAAGAUGAGAUGCAAUGGCAAGCCCUUACAAGCCUCUUCUUUCUUUACUUCUCUGGACUUCCAAAAUUGUUGUCUCUCCCUUCAGGGCUUCAACAUGUUACCACUCUACAAAAGCUCCAGAUUUGGAAUUGUGAAAGCUUGACGGUUGUACCAGACUGGAUCCACAACUGCAAAUCCCUUCAAAUCUUUGAAAUUUCUCGAUGCUCCAAUUUGUCAUCACUGCCCGAAGGAAUGGGUAGGCUAACCUCUUUGCGAAGGCUAAAAAUUGAGGAUUGUCCUAUCUUAUUGCAAAGAUGCAAGAGAGACACAGGUGAGGAUUGGGGAAAAAUUGCUCACAUUCCAGAGUUAGAGUUACGGUAACCUUCUCAAGAAGAAAUUCAAGCACCCAUGCAUCUUCGACUUAAUCAGUGAAGAAAAAAUGGGAUGGUUCUUGUUAUUGUUGAUGAUGCUGUAGAUGUCAAAUGAAAGAGGUGUAGGGGAGAGCGUGAGGAUGACUUACACUGCUGGGUUCUUUGAGUUUGAGCCUUGCUUACACUGAACGACUGAAGCAAGGGUCUUAUUACGUUGAAUGGAAUUGCUAUUCUCUCGAUCUUCAAUAUUGAUCAUCCUUCAUGUAACAUCCCUAGCCACUAGGGCUAGGUUUGUCUACUUGUUCUCUUAGAGGCGCAAAGUAUUAUAAGGUUAUCAGAAUAAUUAACUAAAUGCUGACUUAAAUGCAUAUUAAGAAUAUUGUGUCAAAUAAAAAAAAAAAAUAGUAAAAGCGGAAAUGUUUGGUCAAAAAUCAUGAUGACGAUAAAAAAAUUCUCAUUUUAUAACUAAACUUAUUUAAGAAAAAAUGUUUCAUGACCGUGGUCUCUAUGGAUCUUCUAACCCCACAUUCUAGCGUCCUAAAGCUUGCUCAUAACCCGAAAACAAAACAAAGUAAGGGUGAGUGAGAAAUUCUCCAUAAGAAAAACCUUAAUCAUAAAAUGGUUGAAUUAAAUUCAUUUUCUUUAAAAGUGUACUUGUAACACUCUUACUCUUUAAAUCAUGGGAAGAUAUAAAAUAUAAAUUUAUUAUUUCACUUAAAUCAUAUAAAUAUUUGAUUAUAAAUAAAAUUCCUCAUUUUAGGGCCCAUGUA